CUGACGUUGUUGUUGGUGCCGUCUAAAGUGAUGAUGGCGUCUACAGACCAGUCUCUCCUGGACCUGACAGAUAAAGAAACGCGUGAGAAACUGUCGCUAUGGGACCGGCGCACCGACGCCAUGGCCCCGCUCACGGAGAAACAAACGGACUCUGUUCUGGAGAUCCGAGCCGCCGCUGAAAGCCUCUCCAUCCCCUCAGAGCUGCCCAUCGAGGACCUGUGCAGCCUGUCGUCGCGGUCCCUGCAGUCCCCCUUCACAGCGACAGUGCCCGCCUCCACGGAGGACGUCCUCCUCAAGGGCUUUCAGAUGCUCGACAUGGAGAGUGACAGGAUAGAGACGGCACAACAGUUUUUUUCCUGGUUUGCCAAGUUACAGACCAAAAUGGACCAAGAGGAGAGUGCAAAAUACAGGAAAACGAGAGACCAUCUAAAUUGCUACCAGGAGCAAUGCGAUGCUAUUUUGAUGGAUGUUAGUGCCGCUCUUGAGCACUUGGACUCCCUUCAGAAGCAGUACCUGUUUGUGUCCAAUAAGACGGGGACCCUGCAUGAGGCCUGUGAACAACUCCUAAAAGAACAGUCAGAGUUGGUUGACCUGGCGGAGAGCAUACAGCAGAAACUGUCAUAUUUUAAUGAGUUAGAGAACAUAAAUACGAAAUUGAACUCACCCACAUUGUCUGUAAACAGUGAAGGCUUUAUACCAAUGCUGUCAAAGCUGGAUGACUGCAUUGAGUAUGUUUCUUCCCAUCCCAAUUUCAAGGACUACCCAGUUUAUCUAGCCAAGUUUAAACAGUGUCUUUCCAAAGCUAUGCAUUUCAUGAAGAGCCACAUUGUGAAUACUAUGCAGAACCUCACAAGCCAAUUAACAAAACGGGAUCCACUGGGCUUGGCCAAUGCGGACAAUGCCUUUACACUUUACUAUGUCAAGUUUAGAGCAGCUGCACCCAAAGUCAGAUCCCUGAUUGAACAGAUAGAGCAGCGGGCUGAGAAGAUUCCAGAAUACCACCAACUCCUCGAUGAGAUCCACCAGUGUUACCUGGACCAGAGAGAGCAGCUCCUCAGUCCCAGCAUCACAUCCACCAUUACUGAUCUGACCAACCAAAACAGCAAAGAUCACUGUGCACUGGUCCGUAGUGGCUGUGCUUUCAUGGUUCACGUCUGCCAGGAUGAACACCAGCUCUACAAUGAGUUCUUCUCCAAACCUACACCCAAACUCGAUGAGUUGCUCGAAAAAUUGUGUUUAUCCCUAUAUGAUGUCCUGCGGCCUCUAAUCAUCCACGUUAUCCACCUGGAAACCCUGUCUGAGCUCUGUGGCAUCCUCAAGAAUGAGAUGCUGGAAGACCACGUUCACAACAAUGCUGGUCAGUUGGGAGCCUUUGAUGCGGUGGUGAAGCAGAUGUUGGAGGAUGUCCAGGAAAGGCUAGUGUACAGGACUCACAUCUACAUCCAGACUGAUAUCACCGGCUACAACCCAGCUCCAGGAGACCUGGCCUACCCAGAGAAACUGGAGAUGAUGGAGAGAAUUGCUCAGAGUUUGAAGGAGGAACAGAUGAAGCUCAUGUCACAAGAGUCCAUGUUCUCUGAUGUACAGCUUGAGGAUCCUGAUGCGAGGAGGAACAGUAAUGCCGGGAUUGUAGAGGCUUCACGCCUACAGACAUCCAUCUCUCCUGCUGAUCUGCAUGGCAUGUGGUACCCCACUGUCAGACGAACGCUGGUUUGUCUGUCCAAGCUCUACAGAUGUAUAGAUAGAGCAGUCUUCCAGGGUUUAUCUCAAGAAGCCUUAUCUGCCUGUAUCCAGUCCCUGCUUAAAGCUUCUGAUAUCAUCCUUAAAAACAAGACACAAAUAGACGGGCAGCUCUUCCUGAUCAAGCACCUGCUGAUAAUGCGUGAACAGAUUGCCCCCUUCCAUACCGAUUUUGCCAUCAAAGAAAUCUCACUGGACCUGAAGAAAACUCGAGAUGCUGCCUUCAAAAUCCUGAACCCCAAGGCUGUUCCCAAAUUCUUCCGACUUAACAGUCACAACGCCAUACUUGAAUUCCUGUUAGAGGGAACACCAGAGAUAAAGGAGCACUACAUUGACUCUAAGAAGGAUGUGGACCGACACCUGAAGUUCAGCUGUGAGCAGUUCAUCCAGCAGCAGACUCAGAUCUUUGUGGGGAACCUUGAGGAGUUUCUCACCAAGGUGGCAGCUCUUAAAACUAUGGCUAUCCAAGGUGGUCCCACAUACAAUCUGUCUCAGCAACCUUGGGCACAGCCAGCAAAGAUCAACGAUAUAGUGAUGGCUACCUACCGGGUGAUGAAGAGCAAGCUGCCAAGCACUUUACAGAGCAUGUCCUUGUACUUGGCUAACAGAGAUACAGAGUUCAUCCUUUUCAAGCCUGUCCGGAAUAACAUCCAGCAGGUAUUCCAGAGACUUCACGCUUUGCUUCUGGAGGAAUACAGCGGAGAAGACCUUCAAAUCAUUGCGUGUCCGUCUAUGGAGCAGAUUAACCUGCUGCUGUCUGUGAAUAAGUAAUCUCCAGGCAUUUUGUGGCAAUGGUUAUGAACACCCUCUGGAAAGCAGAGUGAUGCUGUGACUCCAGCCUUGACAUCUGACCAGAGUUGGAGGGAUGAUCAGAGGACUGCGCCUGGCCCGCAAGCCAGACUGGGAGUAUUGACGGCAGCAAAAUCCUACACAAGGCCAAAGAUUCCCCAACAGAGGCUCAAAUAGCUGUAAGCAUGUUGAGGUUCAGUUAUGCAUCUUGUAGUCCAUGACAAACAGGAAAGUGGAGGUUAUUUCUUUUGGUACUGACUGAAUUUGAUCAAUUUGGUUGACUUAAAUUGAAGGUGAUGUACUGGCUGGGCUCGCUUUCAUGUUGGGGAGAUCCACUUGGAAAAGGGUUGUUUUUAGAUUACAAUUGCAUUUCUCUUAAUAUCAUCAUAAUAUUUUGAAUAAAAAGAGUUUGCACACUGAGGGAGGGUGGAAGGUUAGCAGGGUGAAUCAUGUUGGAGUGCUCAGACAAGGACACUUGAGCAGUGCCGAUACAGGCGCUGAGGGUUGUUCAUCAGCCAGGUAGCUAAUGGGCAAUAAGGGGCUGACAUUCAGAUGCCUGGAUUCCCUUAAUGGAUUUAGAAGGAUGAAAAGGAGAAAAAAAAUGCUGCACAAUAUGGAAUUCCUCUAUUUUAAGUAUUUUCUUGGUAACAUUAAACAGAUUUAUAUGACGGCCUAUGCUACAGGGCUCUCAGGUUCAACAGGUUUCCCUCCCCCUUUGGUUGCAGUAAACUCCAAACUGCUGAUCUUUACCUGUCAAAAUGUUUUCCUAAAGAUUCUUCCACAUGCUCCUUGUGAAUGUUUUUGUCAACUUGUUGCAAAUAUGUAAAAAAGUCUAUGAAAGCUUAUGUUUUAUACUUUUUCUUUUAUACCUAGGAUGCUUAAAACUAAUAUACUUUUAGUCUGGCAAAGUAUCGGACCUUUGACUUCAGCAGUUUUGCACUGUAUGUGAACUGAGAUUUGAUCUAUGGUUAUCAAUUUAUGACUGUCAGUGGUCCCUAAAGAAUAACAAAGGUAAUAUGACUCUGUCAAGCGCAGCAUUUGCUCUUAUGUAAAAUGAUGUGUACAACUAUUUAUGGCCAGUCUGAUUAAAACGGGAAAAAAAAGUCCCAAAUCUG